CCCAAGAGUACGUAAGUGUGUUGCAGGUUGCAGGAUAUUAGCAAUUUUUGUUUUUGUUUUAGUACACAUUGCUAAAGGAGGUAACUAUAACGCAUAGAUACUGUAGUAAGCAAGCUAGCUAUCUGUUUAUGUUUUGCCAUAAUUAUAAUUAUAAAAAGAUGAGGAUACAACUUAGAUUGCUUUUCUUCCUAACCUUACACGUAACGAUUUUGCAAGGAGGGAUGUUUAAAGCUGUCCAACAAGCUUUGUUUUCAACUAGUCUUCAAUUGCCCAAAUUCAUACCCGGGCAUAGUAAGAGUGAAGACUAUGAUGUCCGAACGUAUCAGUCUGCAAAGUGGGUAAGCACCAGGGUGACCGGACUGGAGUAUGACCCGGCUAUCAGUACCGGCUUCAGACGGCUCUUCAGAUACAUCCAGGGGAGCAACGAGCAGAAGGAGAAGGUGGAGAUGACUGCCCCAGUAACUUGCCUGGUAGAUCCUGGAGCAGGGCCAGCCUGUGAGACCACCUUCACCGUAUCCUUCUACCUCCCCGAGGAGCACCAGGCCGAUCCACCCAAGCCCACUGACCCGGACUUGUUCAUUGAGGACAGGAAGGAGCACACUGUGUUUGUGAGCACGUUUGGGGGCUUCUCCAAUCAGCAGAAGAGCCGAGACCAGCUGCUUCAGCUGAUGAAGAGCCUGCAGAGAGAUGGACUGGAGUUUCAAGAGAAGCUCUACUACACUGCUGGCUAUGACAGCCCCUUCAAACUGACCAACAGGCGCAAUGAAGUGUGGCUUCUCAAGAAGCCUGAUGUAUGACCAAACCAGGAGUAGCAUGGCUAACAAGGUAGAACUAUGAGCACAAGUGCCUUUUUCUGUGUGCUUAACUCUUUACUGAUGGUCUUUACUGAGCAGUAUUAUUGUUUGUUUCCCCCCCCCCAAAUAUUAAUACUGUAUGAGCUACUGUAUGUAGUGAUUUUUAUUCAGGUUUAUGAAGGGAAAUGUACCACCCAAUAAGCUUUUAUUGUAUGUGCUGGAAUGUGAUUGGUGCAUAUUCUUAUCGUGAUCAAUUAUUUUGUAAUGUGCAUUCAAUGUCUGUCUUCUUUAAAGGGACCCGAAUAAUAGGGGAAUUGAUUACAGUUUGAUCCUUUUCCUUCUUGAGAACAGGAAAAACAUCCUACUUAAGACUGAAAAUGUGCAUAUGAAUUGAGUUAGGAAGUCUCAUUUACUGAAAAAUCUUAACUUCUAACGAAGGGGACUUUUAAUGUCUGCUCUUGUAGCCUGUGAUAUAAAGAGGUUUUAAUGUGAAUGAUUAAACAAUUUUACAAGGUGCAAUAAACUCAACUGAAAUCA